UUCUAUCCUUAUCAUCUGAAUCUGCCUGGUAUUCUUACUGAUUCGUGCAUUGUACUUAUCUGGGUUUUGUCAAAAUCCUUUUAUCUUCCUCAACGUCCUCAAAGGGAACUGGUACCAUUAAUUCUAGUAAUACCUUCUGUCAAGUGCAUUAGUCUGAUUUGUGUAGUUGGCUCACCAGUGGCUUCUGAAUUGUAGUGUGAACUAGGAAUACUCGAUUUAGGGUCAGGAUAAGAAGUAAGCUUCUCUGUUAUGAUAAGGUGUCGACUUUCGAUUCUUUCAGCUCAGGGAAUGUAGGGAGGUGUUCUGCUUAUAUCUUAUUUUACAUAGUGAGUGAUUUUAGAGCGAUUGUACUGUUAACAGGUGAAACAUCACUGUCGAGUCAACCUCUGACACAUCUAGGCUACUUAUCAUCACAUCAGAGAGGUUUUCAAUCGAGAAAAAACUAACUUCCUCUCUCAUUAGAUUCACAGAAAUCUUUGUCACCUAGAUCUCAUCUGGUAAUUCAAAUGUCAGUGUAGGCCAGGCAGGUCAUAUCUUCAUUCUUCGAUGUAUCGUAGAUCACGCCCAUACUUAUCAGCACCCGACAUUUGCCAUAUUUCUUGAGCUGCAAGCAGGAUUCGAAUCACCCGAACAAGAGGUGCUGUCCUCAUGUUCGGUCAUGAAAGCAUAUCUUACUAAUGAGGGCAAUACUAGAGGUCACGCAGCCAUGCAGGAGUUUAUGGGAAGUUUUCAUUUGAAAUGAUAACUACUAGUAGUAUCCUGUAUGAAUGUACUCACUUUUUGUUUAAUGUCAUCACAGGGGUACUACCGGAGGUGACGCUUGGUGAAUUCUACGUCACAAGGAUAUACAAAUUACCAGGAAGAAGUGUCAGUGAUACAGUGCUUAUAGGUGAAGAGAGAUGUGGACAAAAUGCGAAUUCCUCUAAAUAUCUUAACCACGAGAGACGCGCCCGCUCCAGGUCACACGACCGACACCGAGAUCGUGGUGACGUAUAUGCUCAUUCCGGGAGAUAUCAAGAUCGCAGAGAUCACGACUACGAUGAAAGAGACGUGGACAGAGACAGGCAUCGAUAUGAAAGAGAGAGGAGAGAUCGCGACAGCCGAAGGAGAGAAGAACACAAUCACAGUGAUGGAAGUUGGAGACGUCCUCCACGUUCUCGGAGUCAUGUAACUGAGACUGAGGAGGAGGUGAUUAAGUAUGCAGAAGAAACACCAGCAGAACCCGAAACUGACUUAGAAGCCGAGAUAAUGCGAACGAUGGGAUUCUGUUGUUUCAAUACCACGAAAGGCAAACGUGUUGUAGGCAACAGUGUUUAUAUUGCCAACAUAAUGAAACAGCAGAAUAACCGUUAGUAUAUAAAUCGGCCCCUUGACCAUGUUGCUUAGAUAUUGUGAUCAUCUUUGUGUUGUGUGUAUCACUGUUUUCGUCUCAAGACGCUAGUUAAAACAAAAAAGAUUUGGGUAAAUGAUAAAUGCCCAUAUUGAAAUCAAAACGAAAUUUUGAGCAAACCAUUGUUUUCGAUAAUUUCUUCAGGCUCUACAGUUAUAAAUCCAUGAAUAAUAGAGUACAUAUAGCCAGUAAAGGCAAAUGAAAAUAAUAUCAGAAACUGUAUUGGGGUGCAUGUGUAAGUUGAGGUGAUAGUCAUUAUUUAGCAUAGUCAAUUAAUUGUGUAUAGGGUGUUUUCGUCAGAAAAAUGUGAUGAAGUGUGAAUGAACAAUUAGGUGAUAUAGUGUAGUUUUAUAGUCAACAGAAUACAAGUUUCCUUGGGGUGAGAAAAUGCGGUAACCACAAAACACAUGUAAAGACGUUAAAAAAAUGAGGCACUGGAUAUGAGGGCUGACCGAUAAUGUCUAAUGAUAAAAUAAAUGAAGAGGCUAAAUUGUAAAGUGCUACAGAUGUGGUAGGUUUAGUAUAAAAUCAUGAAGUUUGACAAAAUAAGGGUAACAAUAAGGUGAAAUAAACUGGGUGGAGAAAUGGAUAUUAAAGACACGAUAUCACAAAAUAAUGAUAAUAAUAGUACCAAAAAAUUAUGAUCCUGGUUACCUUAUAGUGAGCCAGGGUAGACAAAGAGAGUGAAUAAGUUUUUUCUGUACACAUAGAUCUGGUCUUUCUCUAUUAAUCUCUAAAGCCUCAGCUAUGGCUAGGAGGCGUAAUCGUGUGCCUUUGGGGAAACUGUUCGGUAUUCGAUUCACCACUGUAAAUGACUCAUCUACUUUGAUGCUGUGGUCGCUAUCCACUAGAUGAGACAGAAUUGCACUAUUAAUUGAUUCGGUUGUUCUUUUCCCAAGCCAAACAGGAAUAUGUUCAAGAGUGCGUAGAGAUAAAUUCCUCUGGGUACG